AUGAGCCCCCUGAAUUCAAUUUUCUUUAGAAAUGCCAGUGUUGUGCACCCUGACUACUUUUUCAUAAGUGGUUUUGCUGAUAUUCCCCACGUAAAAUACUAUUAUGUCUUCUCGUGCUUUGUGUAUGCUGUGACUCUACUGGGGAACACUUUUGUCAUGUUUAUGAUUUACACUGACCACUGCCUUCACAGUCCAAAGUACAUUGCAGUUUUUAAUUUGGCUCUGUCCGACUUGUGUGGAAGCACUGCAUGCAUUCCUCCGAUGAUUGACACCUUCCUGUUUAAAUCACAUUUAAUCUCUUUUGAUGCCUGCUUGGCCAAUAUGUUUUUUGUUUUUUUCUUUAUCUCUCUACAAUCCUUCACUCUCGCUGUUUUGUCCUAUGACAGAUGUGUUGCUAUAUGUUUUCCUCUGAGAUACAAUGAGAUUGUGACUAGUAAAUCAAUAUUGGUGAUCACAAGCAUAUUAUGGAUUCUUGCAGGAAUGGGCGUUCUCAUAGGUGUGCUUUUAAUCACCAGACUGUCAUUCUGCAAAUCCAAUGUGAUACACAGUCAUUUCUGUGAUCAAGGACCCUUACACCGUUUGGCAUGCAAUGAUAACACUCCAAGUGUGGUGAUUAACUGGGUAAAUCCACUUGUGAUUCUCUGGUUCCCAGUGCUUUUUAUCACAGGUACAUACAUUUGCAUAGCUGGAGCAUUAUUAAAAAUCUCAGAAGUCUCAGAGCGUAUCAAAGCCAUGAAAACCUGCACCUCUCAUUUGAUCUUGGUGAGCGUGUUUUAUCUUCCUAUCCUUAUCACUGAAGGAAUGGGCCCCGCCAUUGACCUGAAUGCCAGGAUUAUUAACAUGUCUCUGACGACCAUCUUGCCUCCUAUGCUGAAUCCAAUCAUUUACACGUUGAAGACAGAAGAAUUCAGAGAAUCUAUUAAGAAGCUGUACAGAAGAAACAAGAUACACCUCACUGUUCAGAAUAAAUGA